AGAUGGAUGGUCUAGGGCCUCUAGUGGUUUAGCAUGGCUUGGGGUGGGUGCGGUGGGGUGAGUGAUGAGUGUGUGAUAAGUGAAAGAAGGGAGCAACUGGAGCCAAAGCACUACACUGGGCUUUGAAAGCCAUGUAAAAGAUGCCUCAUCUAGAAGGCAGGGGAAUCCCUGAAAGAUUUUAACUGGUUUUGUCAGGGUGUCUGCUUAGCAUGUACAAAGGCACCCCAUGUUUACUUUGGGGAGCCUCCUGUCUCAGUCCAUGUGGUUUAGAUGGGGCUGGGUUUACACCCCCUGUGUACACAUACACCUAGAGUGUGGGACCCAGCUGUUAGAGAUCUUUGGUUGCAAGCGACAGAACUGUUCUCCAACUAACUUAGAGUGUUAAAAAGGUUAUGGAGGGGUGUGAUAGGAAGAACCAGAACUGGGGCACCUCCAGGGUCUUAGUCACAGUCCCCAUUCUCAUCAGGAUAUGACCCCCAGAAGCAAGAUGGCUACAGCCAUGUUUGUGUCUGCAUCACUGAGCCUGACUGCAAACCCAAGGAGCCCAAAUGGCCCAGCUGGAAAUCUGCCCACUGUUCACUGGGGGAGCAGGGCACUUGGGUUCACAAGCCCAGUAUGAUGGCACCCAGGGGGUGCAAUGAGUCCCCCCCGCCCUGAUGAAACAGGGUGCCUUGUAACCAAAGAAAAGGAAAUGGAUACUGGGUGGCUGAACACAUAUCCCUCCAACUGGAUUGGUUCACUGAAGGAUACUAAGCCAAAAUGAAUCCAAAAAGAGUCUUUUGGGGGGCUGGCUACAAUUAUUGGGAAAGAAUUGAGGUUCUAUUUUCUGGGGUUGGGUGGCAGGAUAUAAACCUAGAGCUGGGGCAGGGAGGUCAUCCUUGCCACCACAUGGGAAUUUUCAAGAAUGAUGCGAACGGAAGAAAGAGUGGAGAGAAUAGAUACAUGUGUGAUACCAUUGUUGGGACACCUGGAACCAAGUGUGAUCGUAGCUAAAAUCUACCUCUGGACUUCUCAGUUACAUGAGUCAAACACUUCUGCGUCCAAGCCUGUUUGUUUUGGGAUUCUGUCACUUGCAAACCAAAAUGUCCCAGCUGGUAUGGUGGUGGAGGGUUUUGUUUUUUGUUUUUUUAAGUUUAAUUGUUUUUGAGAGAGAGAGAGCGAGCGCGCGCGCGCAGGGGAGGGGCAGAGAGAACGGGAGAGAAUUCCAAGCAGGCUCUAUGCUGUCAGUGUGGUGCCGGACACUGAGGUGACUCUCACUAGUGCUCACCUCUGUACCUUGGGUAUGAGCAGGGUCCACGAAGCCCAAGGCUAUGGAUCCAGCACUGGGUCUCCUCCCCGUACCACUUCUUAGUAGAAGUGGUGAUGUAUGCUCACUGAAGACACACUGGGAGGGGCCAUGAGUUGGGAGGGGCCAUGCCUUGGUGAGCUGGAACAACAUUGGGGUAACCUGCCUGCUCCAACUCUUGCCCGCUACAUGUGUACUGUGCAUUUCAGGAUGUGGCCGGUGCCUGGACUUGUGUGUGCUUUCCGGGUUGAGCUGUAUGUGUGUGUCAGCUGCUUGACUGAGCAUCCUGUGUGCUCGGCCGAUUGUGUACACCCGGUCUGCCUGCGUGCGCCCGUUCCGGACAGCCUGUUGCCAGGAGCGGUGCGGAGUGGCGCGUGCAUUCCCUGUGCAGGGUGAACCCAGCGCCCCGCGUGUGAGUCUCCGCGCCUGAAUCUCCGCGCGGCAGGUGGGUGCCAGGUCCUCCGCCUUCGGCUCCCAGGACAGCCUCCUCGCUGGCGAAAGGCUGGGGGUGGGGGCCCCCUGCCGGCUGCCGCGCGCGCGCGCACGCCGGGCUGGUACGCGCCGUGUACGCGCCCGUGCGCGCCCCGAGGCUCGAGCCCAGCGCUCGCAGCCGCCUUCGCUGCCACAGUCAGCUACCCGGGGCCGCCGUCGCCGCCUGCCCCAGGCCGGGGGCUCUGUCCGCGGGGCCGGCACCACUCGCCCCGAGCCAGGAGGACGAGCUCGAGGAGGAUGUCUGGGCCCGUCCCGCGCGGCCCCGGGUGAGGCCCACCCGCGCUCCCACCGGCGCCAUGGGAAGGAGCGGGCGCCGCUGCUCUUGCCCCCCGCCGGCGCGCGCACGACUUGAGCCCCGCCGCGAGCAGCCCCCGGCCGCAGGUCCCCGAGUGACGCUGGCGGCGCCUGGGAGCGUGGCGCGGGCCCGGGGCCACGUAGAGGAACCCAGUGUCCAGUGAAGCAGCCGAGGACCCGCCGCCCCGCCGCCGCCAUGGUUAUGUCCCAGGGCACCUACACGUUCCUCACGUGCUUCGCCGGUUUCUGGCUCAUCUGGGGUCUCAUCGUCCUACUCUGCUGCUUCUGCAGCUUCCUGCGCCGCCGCCUCAAACGGCGCCAGGAGGAACGACUACGUGAGCAGAACCUCCGCGCCCUCGAGCUGGAGCCCCUCGAGCUCGAGGGCAGCCUGGCCGGAAGCCCCCCAGGCCUAGCGCCGCCACCACCACCGCAGCGCGGCCGCCUCGAGGCGCCAGCGCACGCGCAUCAGCACGUGCACGUCCACCCGCUGCUGCACCACGGGCCGGCGCAGCCACACGCACACCCGCACGCACACCACCACGCGCUUCCUCAUCCGCCGCCCCCGCACCUCUCAGUGCCGCCGCGGCCUUGGAGUUAUCCGCGUCAAGCGGAAUCGGACAUGUCCAAGCCACCGUGCUAUGAAGAGGCGGUGCUGAUGGCCGAGCCGCCGCCGCCCUACAGUGAGGUGCUCACGGACACGCGCGGCCUCUACCGCAAGAUCGUCACACCCUUUCUGAGCCGCCGCGACAGCUCGGAGAAACAGGAGCAGCCGCCGCCCAGCUACAAGCCGCUCUUCCUGGACCGGGGCUACACGUCAGCGCUGCACCUGCCCAGCGCUCCGCGGCCUGCGGCCCCCUGCCCUGCGCUCUGUCUGCAGGCGGACCGUGGCCGCCGGGUCUUCCCCAGCUGGACCGACUCGGAACUCAGCAGCCGCGAGCCGCUGGAGCACGGAGCUUGGCGCCUGCCGGUCUCCAUCCCCUUGUUCGGGAGGACUACAGCCGUAUAGAGGGGCGUCCGGCGUUCCGGGCCUCACCCGCGAACUCGUGGCCUGACUGCGGGGCUUUUUAAACGCUUCCCUUGGACUGCGGGGAGGGGUGGGGAGGGAGGGAUUUCUUACCCCGUUUGUUACAUUUUGAGGAUAAUAAAGGUGUGUGAUCCGGUUUGGUACAAGCGGAGGGGGCACCCACUGCUUGCGCCCAAGGUUUUGGUAGCCAGGCGUGCCUGGGCCUUGGCGACCCAGAACCUGAACGCGUCUUCUGGCUAAAACCUGAGGUUGAGGAACUAAACUUCACAGGCUGAUUCCCCUGGGAGCUCCAGACCCUACCUUCCCUGCCCGUGAGAUCACGGUGAGGGUGCUCCCUGUGGCCUUGGAGGUGGGA